CAUCCUCCGUGCCGGCUACGCUUGCUGUCAGUGAGAGGGCUGACACGGCGGUGGGCACAGGGGCGGCAGCACCCGGCGGGCACAGUAUGACACACCGCGGCUAGGAGCACACUGACUGCUGGCACUGUGGCUGGUACCCCAAUGAUGCCUGAAGACGGUUCCCCCGGGCUCAGUCCGCAGGAUGCCGCGGACAAGGAUUUGCAGCGUUACACCAAUGCAGAAGGACAGCAAAUAUACUGCAAAUAUUGGAAACCCACAGGUCAGCCCAGGGCGCUGGUGUUUGUGGUUCAUGGUGCUGGGGAACACUGCUGCCGUUACGAUGACCUGGCCCAGAUUUUAGUCGGCCUAAACAUCUUUGUCUUUGCCCACGACCAUGUCGGCCAUGGUCAGAGCGAAGGGGAGAGGAUGAUUGUGUCUGACUUCCAGAUUUAUGUCAGGGACGGCCUGCAGCACGUGGACCUUGUGAGGAAAGUCUUUCCCGAUCUGCCUAUGUUCAUCUGCGGACACUCCAUGGGUGGGGCCAUUAGCAUUUUAAUGGCUAACGAGCGUCCGGCAGAGUUUUCCGGGGUGAUCUUGAUUUCCCCAUUGGUUUUACCAAAUCCUGAAUCGGCCACGUCCUUUAAGGUGUUUGCAGCUAAAAUACUGAACCACCUUCUGCCCAACCUCUCUCUUGGCUGCAUUGACCCGAACUCUGUGUCCCGGAAUAAGCAGGAGGUGGAGUCCUAUGCCACCGACCCUUUGGUUUACCAUGGAGGAAUGAAGGUUUGUUUUGGGGUUCAGCUACUCAAUGCCACAGCGCUGGUGGAGAAAGCUCUUCCUCAUUUCAAGCUGCCCCUGCUACUUUUCCAUGGCACGGCGGACAAGCUGUGUGACAUUCGGGGCUCCCAGCUCAUGAUGGACACUGUACCCAGCGAGGACAAAACACUAAAGAUCUACGACAAAGGAUUUCACGCCUUGCACAAAGAACUGCCCGAGGUGACUGGUUCUGUGUUCCAAGAAAUCGAGAGGUGGAUCCUUCAAAGGUUAGAAGCCACGGGAGCUGCUCCAUCCAAUACAACGCCUACUCACAGUACUUAGAUCUCCUCCAGAUGAAGGAACUUCUGGGAAACUUCCUUAAUACUCUAGAAGAAAGCACAAAAAAAAGCUUUGAUUUUCUCAAGGACCCAUGGGUGAAGACUUGUCUAAGGAGGAUUUGGGCAUUAACGUUCUCAGCAAUAAUUUUACAAGUUCCUACAGCGUUCCUGAUGGAAUUCUGUGGAUGAAGGAUUCAUUCUAGCUUAUCACGGACAUCGAAAACUUGACCCUUCGAGAAUACAAGCCUCCUGCGCUCUUCUCCGGCAAACACUAAGCAAUAUGUUCCGACUUGGUGGUUUUGGGAGGGAGUAUCCUGCCCCGUACCUGAAGGAUCCUCUGUAAAUACCCCUUCCUUGGCCCCGGUUUUAAUAGAUUUUAUUACACAUGAUAUAAUACAAUAUUUAAUAUGUUAAUAUAUUUACUGCCGGAUGGUUCCAGUAGUUUUUUUUAGAUUAUUUUUUACAUUCUAGAAAUGUAAACUUAUGGCCUUUUUGCCCGCUGUCCAUUAACGAUAUGUAACGUUUCCUCUGUCCACUCAUGUUCGUGGGGCGAUGUGUGUUGGGUGUUCCCGGAGAUGAAAUGUAUCACAAAAACUCUGGCAGGGGAAAAACAAAAAUGUUCUGCAUUUUCCCCAUAUUGUAGCAAAUAACCCAGAUCCAUAGCUCAUACCCACCCGCCAGAAGCUCUUCUCUAUGUGACACCACAAGACUUUGAAGCAGUCCAGAGACCCCUAUGUAAUAACAGGGCCCUCACCUACCAUAGGCCAUUUGUUAUACUGAUGUUUUCUUGUGUGGCCAUUGGUCCUCCCAAAGGUCUCAGGGUCUGACUACUACAUCUGCACCCAUUAUAGCUACACCCCUGAGGUUGUCACUCAAAAUAAUUUAUGUUACCUAAAAUACCCAUGAUCUUAUCAGGCCAAAAAAAAAAAAUAUAUAAAUCAACCCCCUUCAUGUGAAUGCCUACCAUUAAUGUAACACCAAUACUAAUCCAAAUAUUUAAUAAGGGUUGGUGCUGGUUUUUUUGGGUUUGUUUGGUUCCCUUCACGCAGAUGAAAUUCCAGCUGCCACCACUAGGGGGAGCUCACCAUGUACAGAUACAUGAUUGAUUCCAAUGUAUAACCAGUCUGCAGUAAGCUCAUAAGCUCCCUCUAGUGGUGGCUGCAGGAAGACUGAAUUUCGGCAUUUAAUGUUAAGGCCAUGUGAUAGGGACAAGAAUUAUGAAGAACUAGGUCCCUCUAAAUGUAUAUUAUAAAGGUAAUCAACCUAUUUAGAGUGGGGGAAAAAAUCACAAUGGUUUUCAAGGGUAGAGAUACAGAGAUUUAAGAGCUAUAUUUGAGCUCCAUUCACAUCCAAAGCUGCCAAUUUCCUUUUGUACGUCAUGGAUGCUCCAUUAUCUGUGGCUGCCAGCCUACUAUGGUGUAGCAUGUAGUGUUUUUAGCUAGAAAUCAUCCCCACAAUGCACUGCAUCUGUGAGGUAGUCAGCAAAAUUUUGAAUGCAGCUUUAGCUGUGAGUGGAGUAUAUGCAACGUUAUUCAAUCAAUAUUAUGGGUAACAAAAAAAUUCAGCUGCCCCUUUAACAUGCAUUGAUAUAUUCCAAGACUAGUCUUAAUAAUCCAGUAGAACCUAGUGCCGUAAACUUCUGCGAUGCCAAAUGUUCCCUCCCGAAUUAUCUGGGAUGGCGGUUCAGCUCCACAGCCCUGACAUGAGCACAUUCCCUUUAUUGCCAGAUUUGUGUAGAACUUGUCCUGAUUGUAAUCCUGCAAAACUACAAUGUCUAGAUAAGAUGAUCCUUUAACUAAGGAGGACUACAAGUCCCAGCAUUCUCUGGAAGUUAAAGCAUGGAAGACUCCAUUGGGACUUGUAGUCCCCCCCAGCUGCAAACACACAGAGAGAACACUGAACAUUACAAUAAUCAGUCUGAACCAUUUAUGCAUAGGAAAGGGGUGGACAUUUUGAACUCUGUUUUGAAAAGUUAAUAAACCCGUCUCCAUAAUGGUCUGUUCUGCAACCCGGAGAUUUCUAUAACCGUUAUUGCACUUUGUAACAAAAAAAGGCACAAUGUAUGUAAUUUUUUAUACAUGUAACAUGGAAGCAACACUGAGGUCCUGUCUAAAUAAAUUCUGACUGUUAGAUCUGA